AUGGCGAAGCAGUACGUGCCUGCCGAGGUGGAGGAGCGGCUGUACGCGUGGUGGGAGGCUAAGGGCUACUUCAAGCCCGCGCCGGACAACGGGAAGCAGUGCUUUGUCGUCUCGAUGCCGCCUCCGAACGUGACUGGGCGGCUGCACAUGGGGCACGCGAUGUUCGUGGCGCUGGAGGACAUCAUGGCGCGCUUCCACCGGAUGCGCGGGCACCCGACGCUCUGGCUUCCGGGGACGGACCACGCGGGCAUCGCCACGCAGAUGCUCGUUGAGAGAGACCUCAAGUCGAAGGGGGUGGAGCGGGUGGCGCUCGGCCGCGAGGGCUUCCUGGACAAGGUGUGGGAGUGGAAGGAGGAGUACGGCGGCGCGAUCACGGCGCAGAUCCGCCGGCUCGGUGCCUCGUGCGACUGGUCGCGCGAGCGCUUCACUCUCCAGCCCGAGCUCUGCGAGGCUGUGACGGAGGCGUUCGUGACGCUGCACGAGCGAGGCCUCGUCUACCGGGGCGAGUACAUGGUCAACUGGUCGCCCGUGCUCGGCACCGCCGUCUCCGACCUCGAAGUGGACUACCUGUACUACUUCGACUACCCGCUCGCGGACGGGUCCGGCGCCAUCCCCGUCGCGACCACCCGCCCUGAGACCAUCCUCGGCGACGCGUGCGUCUGCGUGCACCCCGAGGACGAGCGGUACAAGGAGUUUGUCGGCAAGCUGGUCCGCGUGCCAGGCACGCAGCGGGAGGUGCCCGUCAUUGCGGACGACUACGUGGAGCGCGAGUUCGGGACGGGGGCGCUCAAGGUGACGCCGGCGCACGACGUCAACGACUACGCCAUCGGCCAGCGGCACGGCCUGCCCCUCCUCAACAUCCUGAACAAGGACGCGACGAUGAACGAGGCGGCGGGCAAGUACGCCGGCCUCGACCGGUACGCGGAGGGCCGGCGGCGCGGCUCGUGGCUCCGACCCCCGCGCCCCUGCUGCCCGCAGGUGGAGGAGCACACGCAGCGGGUGCCUCGCUCGCAGCGGUCGGGCGAGGUCAUCGAGCCGCUCGUCUCGACGCAGUGGUUCGUCAAGAUGGGGGGGAUGGCGGGCAAGGGGCUCGAGGCGGUGCGGUCGGGCGAGACCAAGAUCCUGCCCGAGCGCUUCGAGAAGGUCUACUUCAACUGGCUCGAAAACAUCCAAGACUGGUGCGUCUCGCGCCAGCUCUGGUGGGGCCACCGCAUCCCGGUCUGGUACGUCGACUCGGCGCCGGGCAAGUACUACUGCGCGCGCUCGGAGGAGGAGGCGCGCAAGCGGGCCGAGGCCGAGCUCGGGCCGGGCGUGGUGCUGCGGCAGGACGACGACGUGCUCGACACGUGGUUCUCGUCCGGGCUGUGGCCCUUCGCGACCGUCGGCUGGCCGCAGCAGGCGCUGGGCGGAGACCUGACGGGCGGCGGCGCGCCGGCGGGCUCCGACCUGGCGCGCUUCUACCCGUCGUCGGUGAUGGAGACCGGGUACGACAUCCUCUUCUUUUGGGUCGCGCGCAUGAUGAUGCUCGGCCUCGAGUUCACCGGCAAGGCGCCCUUCCACACCAUCUACCUGCACGGCCUGGUGCGCGACGCAAAGGGCCAAAAGAUGAGCAAGACCAAGGGCAACGUGGUGGACCCGCUCGACACGAUCGACACGAUGGGGACCGACGCGCUCCGCCUCUCCCUCGUCACGGGCGUCACGCCGGGGCAGGACGUGCCCCUCUCCGAGGACAAGAUCCAGGCGAACCGCAACUUCGCAAACAAGCUGUGGAAUACGGCGCGCUUCCUCACGAUCGGCCUCGCGGACCUGCCCGCCGAGCAGCGGCAGGCGCUCGCCGUGACCGGCCCGCUGGCGGAGGCCGACCUCGCCGACCUCGCCCUGCCCGAGCGCUACAUCGUCUCGCGCGUGCACGCCCUCGCCACCGACGUCACCGCGCAGCUGAGCAGCUACGACUUUGGGCCCGCCGGGCAGUCCAUCUACUCCUUCCUGUGGGACGAGUACGCGGACUGGUACCUCGAGAUCUCGAAGGGCCGGAUCGCCUCCGCCGACGCGCGCGCCGCCGCCGACGCGCGCCGCACGCUCGUCUACGUGCUCGACACGUGCCUCCGGCUACUGCACCCGUACAUGCCCUUCAUCACCGAGGAGCUGUGGCAGCGGCUGCCGCACGAGGGCGAGUCGAUCAUGGUGGCCGACUGGCCGCUGAUGGAGGAGGCGGGCGAGCUGCCGCGCGACGCCGCCGCCGAGGCCGAGUUCGCCUCGCUGCAGGCGCUGGUGCGCGGCAUCCGAAACGCGCGCGCAGAGUACCGCGUCGAGCCCGCGAAGAAGGUGGCGGCCACGGUGCUCGCGGCGCCGCGCCUCGCCGCGGCGGUGCGGAGCGAGGCGGCCGCGCUCGAGGUGCUCGCGCGCGUGGCGACGGGCGCGCUCCUCGUCGAGGAGGCCGGCUCCGACGCCGCGGCGGCCGCCGAGCAGGCGGCGGGCGAGGGCGCCGUGCGGCUGAUCCUGGGCGACGGGCUCGAGGUGCUGCUGCCGAUCUCGGACCUCGUCGAUGCGGACAAGGAGCGCGCGCGGCUGGGGAAGCAGCAGACCAAGCUCGAGGCGGACAUCGGCAAGCUGGAGGCGAGGCUGUCGUCGGACGGCUUCGCGGGCAAGGCGCCCGAGGCGGUGGUGGCAAAGGCGCGCAACGAGCUGGCCGACAUGAAGACAAAGCUUGCGGCCGUCCUGGAAGGGCUUGCCAAGCUCUGA